CACCGCACUACUACUUUUCCUCGGCGACUCUCUACAAUCCCCCCACGUCUUUGCCUCUAUAUACCACAUCCCUACCUCUAGCCCCCAUUUGAUUUGCCAUUGGAAGGGAAAACAAGGGGCGAGAGGAAUACGGGAAGAACAACAAUGGAGGACUCGACAACUCAGACCCCGUCCGACGUCGCCGAGGAGAAUCUACCCACUGCCACAGGCCUUUUCAUCCCUCCCAGCAUAGAUCAACGCCAGUUGCUCUCCGGUCGAUCCUAUUCCUACUAUUCUCUCUGUCCGUCUAUCAUCACAGUUCCACCAUCUGAUCAACACCCUACGAACUCGUCGCUGAACCCCCUUGUCUUGGGCGUGGAUGAAGCUGGGCGCGGACCGGUCUUGGGCCCUAUGGUCUACAGCGCCUUCUAUUUGCCUCAUAGCCUUCAUCAUAGCCUUCUGGCUCGCGACUAUAGGUUUGACGACAGUAAAGUUCUUACACCCGGAGUGCGCGCCAACUUGAUGAAGUCGCUAUGCUCCCCGGGAGAUCCGCUCUUUGAGUCGUGCGGGUGGGCUGUUAAGCUGCUAUCGGCGCGAGAUAUCUCCUCGGGUAUGAUGCGAUCAGGAGCGGGAGUCUAUAAUCUGAAUGCUCAGGCGAUGGAUGCUACGAUCGAACUCAUUCGCGGGAUCGUCGAGGAUCGGAACAUGGACGUCAGGGAAGUCUACAUUGACACGAUUGGAAACCCAGCAACUUAUCAACAGAAGCUAGAGAGAAUAUUUCCUUCUCUCAGGAUCACAGUAGCCAAGAAGGCAGACUCGUUGUAUCCGUGCGUGAGCGCUGCGAGCGUUGCUGCCAAGGUGACCAGGGAUAUCGCGCUGGAGCUCUGUUAUCAAGCCGUCUAUGAGAACUUCCAGGCUGAGUAUUCUUCGCAGGGGACCGCCCCGGACAGUUGGGGGAGUGGCUAUCCCUCUGACUCAAAGUGCAUCAACUGGUUGCGGAAGAAUAUGGAUCCUAUCUUUGGGUGGGGCAAUGAAUGCCGUUUUAGUUGGGGUACCUCAAAGGAACUGCUCGAGCUAAAGGAGGGCCUACCAGUCGAUUGGCCUGGAGAUGAAGAAAAUACGCAGCUCAGAGACUUUUUGUUGACAUCUACUGGUGCUACCGGAAAACCGACCAACAAGUUGCAGGAAUGGUACGGGUCGAAACGUGCAGCGGUUGUUGUCGCAUGACAACCCUACAAAUUCACCCCGAGGUUUUGUAUAGAAAAGAUAGUAACGACAAAUGUGAUACCCUCCCUCCUUUCAUUGUUUCCGUAAGUUCAAUAUGUCCAGAAGGUUUGGGGGUUGGUUAGGCAACAAUACAUGAUGUCCCGAGGGAAGUGGACGAGGGGAUAGAAGGAAACCAUACUGCAGCAUCCAUAUUA